AUUCUCGUUGCCACCCUUACAUUGUUUUCUCAAGCGCAUCCCUGCCUAGCAAAAUUCUGCUAUUUCGCUUGCAAAAAAUAGGUUAUCACCAGAGCGUAGCCUUGCUGGACCAAUGCUGAACCUCUGCCUGCUUUGACUCGCACUCCAGUCCAAACCUCGAUACAGACUUGGCUUGGGGAACAUGUCGGAUUUUGAGGAGUUUGAGAAGCAACUAAGCGAAAAUCGGCAAGAGAGAGAAAAAGAACGACACAAAAGAAGGAGUCGCAGCAGUACAACAAGCCGAAGCGACAAGCACCGCAGCUGGAGCAAGGACCGAGGCAGCCGCAGUCGGGACAAACGCAGUCGCAGCAGGGACCACAAGAGCCGCGACAGAAGGAGUGGUUCCCGGGAUCAUAAGAAGCGCAGUUAUUCUCCACGGAGGACCAGGAAGAAAAAGACAUACAAGUACUGGGAUGUGCCACCUCCAGGCUUCGAACACAUCACUCCCACACAGUACAAGGCUAUGCAAGCUGCUGGCCAGAUCCCCACUAUAGCGCUGCUGGCAGCCGCCUCCGCCUCCAGCUCCAGCGGAGUGGCUGUCGCGCCCACACAAGUGCCUGUUGUGGGCAGUCAGAUGACCAGACAGGCCCGACGCCUCUAUGUUGGCAAUAUUCCUUUUGGUGUGACUGAGGAGUCUAUGGCGGAGUUUUUUAAUGCUCAGAUGCGACUAGCCGGCCUCUCCCAAGCCCCCAGUAACCCCGUGCUCGCCGUGCAGAUCAAUCAGGAUAAGAACUUUGCUUUUUUAGAAUUCCGUUCUGUUGAUGAAACCACCCAAGCCAUGGCGUUCGAUGGCAUCCCCUUCCAGGGCCAGUGUCUGAAGAUCAGACGGCCGCACGAUUACCGCCCCCUCCCAGGGAUUGCGGAGCAGCCAGCUUUUCAUGUUCCAGGUGUGGUAUCCACAGUGGUCCCAGACUCCCCUCAUAAACUCUUUAUUGGAGGACUACCCAAUUAUCUCAAUGACGAUCAGGUCAAGGAGCUCUUGACAUCGUUUGGUCCCCUCAAAGCUUUCAACCUUGUCAAAGACAGUGCCACAUCACUGUCCAAAGGUUACGCUUUCUGUGAAUACCUGGACAUUGCUGCCACUGAUCAGGCGGUGUCUGGUCUGAACGGUAUGCAGCUGGGCGACAAGAAGCUGAUUGUCCAGCGGGCCAGCGUGGGGGCCAAGAACGCUACUCCGACGGCGGUGAUUGAGACUCCGGUAAUGCUGCAGGUUCCCGGGCUGCAGAGGGUGCAGCAGUGCUCGGGGCUGCCCACGGAGGUGCUGUGCCUCCUCAACAUGGUGAUGCCGGAGGAGCUAGUGGAGGACGAGGACUACGAGGAGAUCCUGGAGGACAUCCGGGAGGAGUGCAGCAAGUACGGCGCCGUGCGCUCCAUCGAGAUCCCACGUCCGGUCGACGGAGUGGAGGUGCCGGGAUGCGGAAAGAUCUUCGUGGAGUAUGCGUCUUCAGCGGAAUGCCAGAAGGCUAUGCAGGCAUUAACUGGGCGCAAGUUUGCCAACAGGAUGGUGGUCACUAAAUACUACGACCCGGACAUGUAUCAUAGACAUGAGUUCUGAUGAAAAGAGGAGAGGGUUACCUCGUUGAACAUUUGCCUUUGUGGCAUCGGUGAAACUGUAUUCUGCACUCACUCACUCUGCCUUCUGGAGCUCACCACAUUGAAGACUGAAGUCCAAACGUAAAAGAUUUUCCAAAGAGGUUUUGUAAUAGAAAUAGACCACUGUAUAUAGUACACAGUACUACAACAGUGAUUCAUAUACUUUGUUUAGCAACGGCCGUAGACAUCCACACAGUCAAUUCGUUAUAAAAAAGAAAACUAUGGUUUGCGUUUACAGGAGAGGUUACAUUUUUGGGGGGAAUGAGUAGUUUUAAAUGUCCGUAGUUAUGUAAAACUCUGAGCACUGGGUAUUUAAAUUCUAUAUUUACCAUUUUAAUGCUAUUUGCUUUCAGUAGCCUGUCAUUUAGAUUUAAGGUGUAGGCUUUUAUGUAACACAAAGUCCCCAAAUAAUGCACAAUUGUAUUGCUACACACAGUGAAGCAUAGCUGGACUAGUUUUCUGGAGGAAAGGUUAAACUAGACUGUGCUUAUUGGUUAAUGUGUUCAGCUGUGAAAUAAUGCAGAAUGAUUUUUUAAAUUAUUAUUUAAGAUACACAAUUGUGUAUACGUGUGUGUGUGUGUGUGUGUGUGUGUGUGUGUGUGUGUGUGUGUGUGUGUGUGUGUGUGUGUGUGUGUGUGUGUGUGUGUGUGUUACAGUGUUCUGAAGUAUUAUUUAUGUUAUUUAUAAAUAUUUAUUUAUUAUCUUUAGUAGGCUAUGUAACAUCUCCUAACUAUCUGAGAUAUUUGCUGAAGCAUGGAAAUCAACCUUUUUUGAUCGUGGAAAUGUCAGUCUGUUGAAGUUGUUGGAACUUUUUGGAAAUGCAUUACAGCUAAUGUUACUGGCAUAAAGGCAGUUAUGAAAUGCUAUGAUGAAAUUUGA